AUGGAACACGCGGUCGCCGUGGCUUCCUCCGAGAAGGAGAUUCUGUAUCUACUCGAACGAAUGGAGGAGGAAGUGAGUGCGCGUCAACGACGGAGGCGUCGAAAAGCCCAAAGCAUCACGGAGAAGAUGCGUGCCAGGAUAGAAGCGAUACCUGUCAGUGUCACAGACACGCUUUUAGACGAUCUAAAGCGUGGAGUGUUUGCCCUGGACGUCUUUUGUGAUUAUCAUCCUGGAGACCCUGUUGCGGAGGCAAAUGAGAUGUUGUGCGAAAACAAUCUCGAAUACCCUCCGCAUCCAUCGUUGGGAACGAUUGGUCCAUAUGACUACCGGCGAAUGCAAGAGUCGCAACAGUCUGCAACCCUCGAUGCCUUCAUGCCUUUGGCGACCCACCCUGGUAAUACGUACUAUCAUUACGUCGAGAGAUUGAUGAAUCAGGACGACAGCUUUUCAGGUUGGACUGCAACAGAAGGUUUUUCCACAGACAGUUGGUGA